AGGAAGAAAUAUAAUAUAGAGAAGAAGGUAUCACGAGUCUCCAUCUUGCUCGAAUUUUAGGGAACCAGCCAAGAAAUUCAAAUCUCAACAACAACAACAUUGUCAUGCCGAUACCAUACGCCAGCUGUUUCACUCCCUCUUUUCUUUUCAUCUUUCAUUCAUUUUUUUUACUACUUCACGCACUCUUUCCAUUUCCUUCCAUUUUCCACGGUAACCUCCUCCUUUUUCCUUCUUCCUAUCACUCUUUCCACUUUUCUCUUUACCAGCAGACAUGUAAAUUCGCCUUUACCAGGUCUUGACUUUGGAUUCAGGUUUUAUUUUAUUGGAUCUACUUUUCGCCGUUAAUUGGCCAUGGAUAUCCGUGCCGAUCCAGAAACCACUUCCUUUUCAAGUUUGUUCGCAGCCGUGUCAUAUGGAAUUUCCUCAAUGGCUAUGGUUUUUAUCAAUAAGGCUGUUCUUAUGCAGUAUGCACAUUCGAUGACUCUCCUCACUUUGCAGCAACUGGCAACCACCUUGCUUAUACACUUUGGUAGGAGAAUGGGAUACACAAAAGCGAAAGGAGUAGAUAUGGCAACGGCCAAGCAAUUGCUCCCGAUUUCGAUAUUCUACAAUGCCAAUGUUGCUUUUGCUUUGGCAAGUUUGAAAGGAGUCAAUAUCCCAAUGUAUAUUGCUAUAAAGAGGCUUACACCGCUUGCUGUUCUUAUCGCUGGGUUUUACUCGGGAAAGGGGAGACCUACAGCUCAGGUGACACUUUCGGUGAUAUUGACUGCUGCUGGAGUUCUCAUUGCAGCCCUUGGGGAUUUUUCCUUUGACCUUUUUGGGUAUAGCAUGGCUUUCAUUUCUGUUUUUUUCCAGACCAUGUACCUUGUGCUGGUGGAAAAAUCUGGUGCUGAGGAUGGACUUUCAUCGGUGGAAAUCAUGUUCUAUAACAGCUUUUUAUCUCUUCCAUUUUUGAUGUUUCUCAUCAUAGCCACAGGGGAAUUCCCAAAUUCUUUAUCAGUAUUGUUUGCAAAGAGUUAUUCUUUUUCAUUUUUGGUGAUCCUUAUUCUUUCAUUGGUGAUGGGCAUUGUUCUCAACUUCACCAUGUUCUUGUGUACUAUAGUUAAUUCAGCUCUAACUACAACUAUUGUUGGCGUUCUCAAAGGGGUUGGUUCCACGACCCUUGGUUUCGUCUUACUGGGUGGUGUUCAAGUUCAUGCUUUGAAUGUGACUGGAUUGGUCAUCAAUACAGCUGGUGGUGUGUGGUAUUCAUAUGCUAAAUAUCGGCAGAAAAAAAGUAAGACAGUGAAGCUAGUAACAGAUGUGGAGGCUCAUCGUAAAUAGAAGUGGCAUUGAUGAGUUGCUGUGAAAACUAACAGUUACAUAACUGUUUCUUUACUCUGAUUUACUAUGAUUAUAAGCACUAGUAUUUAAGCUCCCCCCCCCCCCCCCCCCCCCCCCCCGGCCCCCUUUCUCUCAUUAUUUUACAGUAAUUUACAGGCUCACAUAGAGCCUCAGAGGUAGUAGACCGACAUAUGCAGAAUUCAAUAAAACAGUUGUACUUUUAUUGUGGAAAUAUAUACAGAAUAUCAGACUAUGCCAUUUGUGGGUGGUCUCUAUCUUAUUUUACGCUCUAUU